GGCCCCCCACGGCCCGGCGUCCCGGAGCUGGUCCUCACUUGGGCACUGGGCUACGUGCAGGCUCUGGCUCGGACGUUUUUCGGCGGGGCGCCCUCGGAGCAGCCGCGAUGGCCAGCACCAGGAGCAUCGAGCUGGAGCACUUUGAGGAGCGGGACAAAAGGCCGCGGCCGGGGGCGCGGAGAGGGGCGCCCAGCUCGUCCGGGGGCAGCAGCAGCUCGGGCCCCAAGGGGAACGGGCUCAUCCCCAGCCCGGCGCACAGCGCCCACUGCAGCUUCUACCGCACGCGCACCCUGCAGGCCCUGAGCUCCGAGAAGAAGGCCAAGAAGGCGCGCUUCUACCGCAACGGGGACCGCUACUUCAAGGGCCUGGUGUUUGCCAUCUCCAGCGACCGCUUCCGCUCCUUCGACGCGCUGCUCAUGGAGCUCACCCGCUCCCUGUCGGACAACGUGAACCUGCCGCAGGGCGUCCGCACCAUCUACACCGUCGACGGCAGCAGGAAGGUCACCAGCCUGGACGAGCUGCUGGAAGGUGAGAGUUACGUGUGUGCGUCGAACGAACCAUUUCGUAAAGUUGAUUACACCAAAAAUAUUAAUCCGAACUGGUCUGUGAACAUCAAGGGUGGCACCACCCGAGCCUUGGCUGCUCCCUCCUCGGUGAAAAGUGAAGUGAAGGAAAGUAAAGAUUUCAUCAAACCCAAAUUGGUGACUGUGAUCCGAAGUGGCGUGAAGCCUAGAAAAGCCGUGCGGAUCCUUCUGAAUAAGAAGACCGCUCAUUCCUUUGAACAAGUCUUAACAGAUAUCACCGAAGCCAUUAAACUAGACUCAGGAGUGGUCAAGAGGCUCUGCACGCUGGAUGGAAAGCAGGUUACUUGCCUGCAAGACUUUUUUGGUGAUGAUGAUGUUUUUAUUGCAUGUGGACCUGAAAAAUUCCGUUAUGCCCAAGAUGACUUUGUCCUGGAUCACAGCGAGUGCCGCGUCUUGAAGUCUUCUUAUUCUCGCUCCGCAGCUAAGUAUUCUGGAUCCAAGAGCCCUGGGCCCUCUCGUCGCAGCAAAUCACCAGCCUCAGUUAAUGGAACUCCCAGCAGCCAGCUCUCCACUCCUAAGUCUACGAAGUCCUCCAGUUCCUCUCCAACUAGCCCAGGAAGCUUCAGAGGAUUAAAGCAGAUUUCUGCACAUGGCAGAUCUUCUUCCAAUAUAAAUGGUGGACCUGAACUUGAUCGUUGCCUGAGUCCCGAAGGCGUGAAUGGAAACAGGUGCUCUGAAUCGUCGACUCUUCUCGAGAAAUACAAAAUUGGAAAGGUUAUUGGUGAUGGCAAUUUUGCAGUCGUCAAAGAGUGCAUGGACAGGUCCACCGGAAAGGAGUUUGCCCUGAAGAUUAUAGACAAAGCCAAAUGCUGUGGAAAGGAACACCUGAUUGAGAAUGAAGUGUCCAUCCUGCGCCAAGUGAAGCAUCCAAAUAUCAUCAUGCUGGUGGAGGAGAUGGAAACGGCCACCGAGCUCUUCCUGGUGAUGGAACUGGUCAAAGGUGGAGACCUCUUUGAUGCAAUUACCUCUUCAACCAAGUACACCGAGCGAGACGGCAGCGCCAUGGUUUACAACCUGGCCAACGCCCUCAGGUACCUGCACAGCCUCAGCAUCGUGCACAGGGACAUCAAGCCGGAGAACCUCUUGGUGUGUGAAUAUCCCGAUGGAACCAAGUCUUUGAAGCUGGGGGACUUUGGGCUGGCCACUGUGGUGGAAGGCCCCUUGUACACAGUCUGUGGCACUCCCACUUACGUGGCCCCAGAAAUCAUCGCUGAAACCGGCUAUGGCCUGAAGGUGGACAUCUGGGCAGCGGGCGUGAUCACGUACAUACUUCUCUGUGGAUUCCCACCGUUCCGAAGUGAGAACAAUCUUCAGGAGGAUCUCUUCGACCAGAUCUUGGCCGGGAAGCUCGAGUUCCCAGCCCCCUACUGGGAUAACAUCACGGACUCCGCAAAGGAAUUAAUCAGUCAGAUGCUUCAGGUCAACGUCGAAGCUCGGUGUACUGCGGGACAAAUCCUGAGUCACCCCUGGGUGUCAGAUGAUGCCUCCCAGGAGAAUAAUAUGCAAGCUGAAGUCACAGGUAAACUAAAACAGCACUUUAAUAACGCGCUCCCUAAGCAGAACAGCACCACCACCGGGGUCUCCGUGAUCAUGGUGAGUGGGGCCACCACCCUGCCUGGGAAGCCGCUGUGUCUGGCCUGGCCGCUCAGCCAACACUGGAGCUUUGAAAGGAAAUAGCCAAGAGCUUCCCGCACAUGGAAGUUGGCACCUUCCAUGGUCCUCUUUUCACUCCGAUCGGCUUGGCAGGGGAAGCGCAUCCAGCUGGCCGCCGCCCAGGCCCCUGGUCCCAGGGCGAGCAGUUGUGCAGAUACCCGCAGGCCAGGCUGCUGGGCCCAGGCGCCAGGAGCCCCUGCCCUGUCCUGGGCUCGGUGCCCUCGGGCAGCGGCUCCUGCCUCCACGGCUUUCUCCCCUGCCGAAGGGAUUCCCAGCAUAAGGAAGUAACGCCCUGCCUGCUCGAGGCUUCCAAAACGGAUUAUUUGAGGUGCAAAUUAUUCUUUGGGGCUUAGGAUUAGAAACAGCCCAAGUUAAAUGCCAUUUAAAAAACAUCAGUAUUUUGUGGCUUUUACAAGCACAGAACAAUGCAAAGAAAUUGUUUUUUUCAGGGUUGGUAGAAUGCUAUGAGUAGCGAUAACCAAUGAUCUCUGCAGUUUUUCAGACCUUCCUUCCGUCUUCCAAAAUGUUUUCAAGGCAGUUUACCUAGAUCCAGAAACACAACAAAUUAAAUUCAGUGAAAGGGAAAUAAGGGCAAAGCAAACAACAUUGAGCCAGAGUUGUGGUCAGCACCCCCAGCCAAGCUGUCCAGCCCUGAGCCCUUGCUGUAGUGGGGCCAUGCGGCCAGCUCUG